AUGACUUCAAUUGAAUCGACCAAGAUCCAAACAAUCGAAACAAGACUAUUUAUCAAUGGAAAGUUUGUGGAGUCGUCUGAUAACCGCAUGUUUGACUUGAUAUCGCCAACUACAAAUGAAAAGUUUGUCAAAGUUCACGAAGCGAGUGAAGAUGAUACAAACGCAGCAGUGGCAGCGGCAAAAGCAGCCUUCCCGGCGUGGUCUGCACUUUCACCAAGUCAGAGAGGAGCCUACUUCAAGAAGUUGGCCUCCUUAAUUCUUCAAUCGCACGAAGAACUUGCUCAGCUAGAAGCUAUGUCCAUGGGUCGUCCUGUCUCAGGUUAUUUCGAUUCCUAUGCAGCAGCAACCACCUUCGACUUCUUCGCCGAAAACGGCUACCAGGCUCUGGGAACAACAAGUCUCAAUACCCCAGGUUAUGUCAAUAUGACUAUUCGGCAGCCCUUUGGUGUUGUCGCUGCUAUCAUUCCUUGGAAUGUUCCGAUUUUGUUCCUCGCGGGCAAGUCAGCACCUGCCUUGAUGGCGGGAAACACAGUGGUCAUCAAGAGUAGCGAAAAGGCACCCUUAACUUCCGCCAAGAUCGCGACACUUGUGGAAAUGGCUGGCUUUCCCCCGGGAGUCAUCAACAUCAUUUCGGGGCAUGGCCAAAUCUCAGGGAACGUUCUAUCUCAUCACAUGGAUGUUCGUGCAUUGAGCUUCACAGGAUCCGGGAGAACAGGACGUUUGAUCCAGUCUGCCGCAGCCGCAUCUAACAUGAAGAAUGUAAUUUUGGAACUCGGUGGGAAGUCCCCAGCAAUUAUCUUCCCUGAUGCGGACAUCGCAAAAGCGGUCGAGGAAACAAAGAACAGCAUCCAAUGGAACAGCGGUCAGGUUUGCAUGGCGAACUCGAGAAUUUAUGUCCAUGAAUCGAUUGCAUCAAUCUUUAUUGAGUUAUUCAACAAGCGAUUUGCCGCCGUUGCAAUUGGCGACCCGCUUCUACCUGAUUCAAACCACGGACCGCUGGCAGAUGAAGCACAAUUCAAGCAGGUUCAGGCCUAUAUUGAAAGCGGGAAGAAAUCUGGUAAGAUGUCAUUGGGAGCAGAGACGAUAAAUCAAGAUAAUGGAUUCUUUGUCCGACCCACGGUGUUUCUGGAGACACAAGAGGAUGCAAAAGUGAUGAAAGAGGAGAUAUUUGGACCUGUGGUUAAUAUCAACACCUUCGUGGAUGAAGACGAGGUGGUUGCAAAGGCAAACGACACCGAGUUUGGCCUCUAUGCUGCAGUCUACACAAAGGACAUCAAUCGUGCCAUGAGAAUAGCCACGAAACUGGAGUCUGGAACCGUUGGAGUUAACUGCACUAGCCCAACUACGGCUCAUGAUCUUCCAUUUGGGGGGUAUAAGAGCAGUGGGCUUGGCCGGGAGGGAUGGAAUGUCAGUCUCAACAACUUCCUCGAGACAAAGUCCAUUCUGAUAAAGGUUGACAAUACUUGA